AUGAAGAUGAAAGUGUUAGAUGGUAUUAUUGGCAUUUUAGAUCAAGUACAAAAUGAAAAAUCCAGCGCAACAAAUAAAAUCGAAAAACUUCAAUCAGAUUUAAAUCGGAUUCAAACAGAAAAAGCGAACUUAGAGAAAGAAAUACAAACUCUUAAGUCCCAACUCAAAGAAAAGGAAAGAGAUGAUUUGCCAAAAGAAUUUCUUUCGAAAAUUUCUGAACUUAAAAAUUCUGAAGAUUUCAAUCAAAUCUAUAAAUUCUUUGAAGAAAUUUCAGAAAAAGGGAAUCACAAAAUGAUGUUAAAAGCAUGCGAAAAAGAACUUUGGAAGAAAGAAAAUAUCAACGGCAUUUGUCGAAAUGUUCUACAUGAAGCAUCAUAUAAUGGAAAUCUGAAACUUGUUCAAUCUCUCAUUGAAAGUGGUUGUGACAAAGAAAUAAGAUCCAAAUUUGGUGAUUCAGCUCUAUUCUGGGCAUCAUGUAGUGGCAAUCUUGAAGUUGUUAAAUAUCUUUACUCAAUUGGAGCUGAUAAAGAUGCAAAAACUAAUGAAGGAUGGACACCACUAAUUACGGCAUCAGAAAAUGAUCAUCUUGAAGUUGUUAAAUACCUUGUCUCAGUUGGCGCUGAUAAAGAUGCAAAGAAUAAAUAUGGAUGUACUCCGCUCAUGUAUGCAUCACAUAAUGGUCAUCUUGAAGUUGUUAAAUAUCUUAUCUCAGUUGGUGCUAAUAAAGAAGCAAAGGAUAAUAAUGCUUUCUUUAGAUGA